AGGCAUUUUCAGAUUCAAGUCGAAACCUGCAGAAAGGGAAGAAAAGAGGAGCGAUGUGAUUAUGCUUCUCAGCAGUUGAGAAAUCGAAAUGUGCAGCUUCCGGCGCCUCAGUCCCACCCGCAGACGCGCCCCGGCGCCUUUGGGGUGCGAGCCUUGGAGCCCACUGACCGGGAGUAAAAUGUGUAAAGAACGAGGGUUGUUGAAACGGAUGUUAACUCUAGAAAACCGAGGGCAGCCUGCCAAUUUUACAUUUAAUUCCUCACUGAAGUUGAUACUCAGUCUGUAGCAAAUUCUGGAACACGAACUGAUCACAGCCAGUGGAAGUUUUGGCCCACCCCACUUGGGAGUGAGGCGCCUCGCCGCGUCUGCACUGAACAAUGCGCAUAUUCGUAGGUGGCGUCAGGGGCCACGCCAAGCUUCCUAGAACUUCAUCUCCACCGAUUUCCUGGGAAUGCCGGCGGUCAUGGGUGGUUAGUGUAGCAUGCGUUUUGGGGCGCGCACGGACUAGACAGGCACAACUAGCCUGUUUAAAUGCUGAGGAUAAGAUGGCUAGGGCAGCCCAGUGGGCUGCUGUGCUGCUGUCCCCUGCGGGCUGAUGACGCAAUGAAGGAUCCACGUGUCCCCACCAUCUCCGAAGACCCCUGCAGGUGCUCACUGCCGUCUCCCAGUUGCCCACCUGGAACAUGCACCUCCUGGUUAUAGGUACAUCUCGUGUCGUCUCGGGGCAGUGGAAGUGCCUCUGAGAAUGGAGAGAUAAGACACUGUUCUUUCAGGCCUGUGUGAGAGAAAGCUGUGACCCCAAACCUCAAACACAGCCCAAUGGAUCGCAGCAGAGAGGCUGAGAUGGAGCUGAAGAGAGGGCCCAGCCCACCCAGGGCCAGUAGGAGCCAGGAGGUGGAUGGGGACAAGGCUGCCUGCCAUAGCUGUUGCAUCUGUGGCAAGAGCUUCCCCUUCCAGAGCUCUCUGUCACAGCACAUGCGAAAGCACACAGGGGAGAAACCCUACAAGUGUCCCUACUGUGACCACAGGGCAUCCCAGAAAGGCAACCUCAAGAUUCACAUCCGGAGCCAUCGCACAGGGACUUUGAUUCAGGGACACGAGCCAGAGACGGGUGAGGUGCAGCUGGGGGAGAUGCGUGUGUCUGAGGGCCUGGAUGGGUGUGCCAGCCCCACGAAGAGCACAUCGGCCUGCAACCGAAUCCUGAAUGGGGUGGCGCAGGUGGAUAGCAGCAAGAUCCUGCUGAGGAGCAGCCGGAAGGAAGUGGAAGGGCCAGCUGGUGCCGUGGAGGAGGCCGAGGCCGUGACCCAGUGCUCCUUCUGCAAGAGCCAGUUCCAGCGCAAGAAGGACCUGGAGCUGCACGUGCACCAGGCCCACAAGCCCUUCAGAUGCAGGCUGUGCAGCUACAUGACCUUGCGGGAGGAGUCGCUGCUGAGCCACAUAGAGCGGGAUCACAUCACCGCGCAGGUGCCCAAUGGUGGCGAGGCCUGCAUGGAGAAUGGCAAGCCCGACCUGAGCCCUGGGGAAUUCCCCUGUGAGGUGUGUGGCCAGGCCUUUAGCCAAACCUGGUUCCUGAAGGCGCACAUGAAGAAGCAUCGGGGCUCCUUUGACCACGGCUGCCACAUCUGUGGUCGCAGAUUCAAGGAGCCGUGGUUCCUCAAGAACCACAUGAAGGCACACGGCCCAAAGACGGGCAGCAAAAACAGGCCUAAGAGUGACCUGGACCCCAUUGCGACCAUCAACAAUGUGGUUCAGGAGGAGGUCAUCGUCGCAGGCCUGUCCCUCUAUGAAGUCUGCACCAAGUGUGGAAACCUGUUUACAAACCUGGACAGCUUGAAUGCCCACAAUGCCAUACACCGCAAGGUUGAAGCCAGUCGGACCCGGGCCCUGGCUGAGGAGCCAGCCACCGAGAGUCCCCUGGACACAAAGCAGUUCUUCCUACAGUGCCUGAAUCUGAGACCAUCAGUCGCUGACGAUGCGUCCUCUGCCGGGCAGGCUGGAAGGCGGGUGGCCGAGCUGGACCCCAUCAACAGCUACCAGGCCUGGCAGCUGGCCACCAGAGGCAAGGUGGCCGAGCCGGCCGAGUACCUCAAGUAUGGGGCCUGGGAUGAGGCACUGGCUGGGGAUGUGGCCUUUGACAAGGACCGACGCGAGUACAUCCUGGUGAGCCAGGAGAAGCGCAAACGUGAGCAGGAUGCCCCAACCGUACAGGGGCCCCCAAGAAAGAGGGCAAGUUUGCCUGGGGACCCCGUGCUGCCUGGCCACUUUGAGCCCCGGCCUGUGGCACGCGCCAGCCGCCGGGCUGCAGCCUCUGCUGGCCAUGGCAAGUCCUCAGAGUGCUUUGAGUGUGGCAAGAUCUUCCGCACCUACCACCAGAUGGUGCUGCACUCCCGUGUCCAUCGCCGCGCACGCCGAGACAGGGACUCUAAUGGCGACAGGGUGGCACGUGCCCGCUGCGGCUCCCUCAGUGAGGGGGACUCUGCCUCUCAGCCCAGCAGCCCCGGGUCAGCCUGUGCCACUGUCGACUCUCCAGGCUCUGGCCUGGCCGAUGAGGCUGCUGAUGACAGUGGUGAGGAGUCCAUGCCUGAGCCAGCACCAGGGGGACACCCGAGGCGCUGCUGCUCUUCUGAAGACAUAGCAUCAACUGUGCUCUCCAACGGAGACCAGAGUCACAGACUUGGAAAUAACCUGCCAGGAAAAGACGUCAGCGAGUCCAAGGUGGGGAUUGCAACUCCUGUGUCCAUACUUGAAAACAGUAGCAGAGAGACUUCCAAACGUCCCGAACAACAUAGAUUUUCUCUUGACUUAAAGAUGCCAGCAUUUCGCCCCAAGCAGGAGGCCCCAAGCUCUAGUGACGAUGUGGACUUCCCUUCGAGUCCAGAAGGAGCCGACCUGCAGCUUACAUUGGAGAGCCAGGCUGGUCAUCCUAAAGACAAGCUGUCUGAUUUGCACAGUAAGGAGCAUUCUGGGGGAGGAAAAAGUACACCAGCCCCAGACCUGACCCCUCUAGAUUUAAGUGCAAGGUCGACCCGGGAUGACUCCAGCAGUAAGGAAGUGGCCUCCUCUUUGCAAGCUGCUCUAGUCAUCCACCCGUGUCCUUACUGUAACCACAAGACCUACUACCCAGAGGUCUUAUGGAUGCACAAGCGCGUCUGGCACAGGGUCAGCUGCAACUCCAUGGCCCCCCAGUGGAUUCAGCCCAACGGCUACAAAAGCAUAAGAAGCAACUUGGUUUAUCUUGCCCGGAAUGGAAGAACAGGGCCUCCGCCCGCCCUCGGGGGCAAAGAGUGCCAGCCCCUACUUGUUGCUCGCUUCACCCGCACUCAAGUGCCAGGUGGGGCACCUGGACCCAAAGGCAGUUCUUCUCCCCUCGGAGUGACCACGAAAGCAGCUACGAUGCCCAAGAAUAAGGAGAGCCAUUCCACAGGCCCCUGUGCACUGUGGGCCACUGGCCCCGAUGGGUAUCGACAGACCAAACCUAGCCAAGGCCAGGAAUCCUCCAGCACUUCAGUGCAGGGGCCCCCAGCCAAAUCCAAACUGGAGGCCAGCUCCAAGCCAGCACCUGCCCUGGGCAGUGGAGGCCUUGGCAGGAGUGCCACCCCCACACCCUCUGUCAUAACCCGAGUAGGUGCCCAGCCCUUGGCCAGCAACAAGCCAGUGGAGAAUUUUGGGGUCUCAUCAGUGGGGGCUGGCUUUGCUCCUCCAAAUAAGCACAGUGCCCCGGAUUCCCUGAAAGCCAAAUUCAGCCCUCAGCCUCAGGGUCAGCCUCCUGCAAAAGGCGAAGUGAGCCCUCCUCUACCUCUCCGGGAGCCCCCCUCCAAGGCGGCCCAGGAGCUGAGGAUGCUGGCCACCUGUUCUGCGGGGUCCAGAGGUGAUGCAGCAUUACAGGGCCAGCCUGGGAUGGCUGGCGCCCCUGUCUUACACUCCAUCAAGCAGGAACCAGUGGCCGAGGCCCAUGAGAAGCGCUUGGACAUCCUCAACAUCUUUAAGACAUACAUUCCAAAGGACUUUGCUACACUCUACCAGGGCUGGGGUGUCAGCAGUCCUGGGCCAGAGCACAGAGGGACACUCCGGACACAGGCCCGCCCGGGAGACUUCGUCUGCGUGGAGUGUGGGAAGAACUUCCACCAGCCCAGCAACCUCAGGGCCCACAUGCGAGCUCACACAGUGGUGUUUGAGUGUGAUGGUCCUCGAGGUGCCGAAGUUCACACAGUCUCCAUGGAUGCCCCCAAACAAGGGAGAGACCAUGCUAACACAGGGACUGUGCAGACAGUACCCCUCAGAAAGGGGACCUAGAGAUGUGCUCCAGCAGUGCUGGACACUCUGCGAUGGCCCUUGGAGUGUCCUCACCGGUGUCCUGGCAGCCUCCCAGCCGUGACUGUGUCCAUCGCCAGGAGGAAGAACUGCACGUCUCCUGCCAGAUGCCCCACACUGCCGAGCUGCUGCUCUGGACUGCAGACUGAGGGAGAUGCCUCUCCUCACUAGAAGUUUAAAGCAGCAACAAUGCUAUGCCUACGAUUCCCUGUAGAUCUCACACACUCAUAUAUGUGCUCUUCAAGCAUAGCCCGUGUUUUCUUCCCAUAAGCAGUGGUACUGGCAGGCACAGUGGGCGCUCAAGGGAUCUGUGUUAUUCAAGACACAUUUGAGACACUGGAACAAAGAAACGUGUGUGUGUUGCAUGGAGCGGAGAAGCUAAGCACUGUAGCAGGAGCUCCUGUGCUCAGAAAGACUGCUGUGGUGGAUGUCAGAAUGGUGGUGGGUCUGAGGUUGAUGAAGUAUUAGUACUACUGCCUCUCCUUGUCCUAGUGGGUAUUUAAAAUAAUCAAUAAAGAGAGGACAGAGGUGGCAGUCAGGUGCUGUGGGGAAAUCAGGAAUGGAAUAUGGGGCGAUGACCAUAUCCUAAUCAGUCACAGAUUCGAACACGUCGCCCUCGGGGCCAUUGCCUUUCCUGUGUGCCCGCCCUGCAUUUCCACCCUCCACGCUGAGUCUGGCAGAGGAAACACGUCUGUGGGACAGAAGUAUACCUUCUGCUUUGGAAAGGAGAGCUAGAUAAACACUAAGAAAAGCAGGCUUCUUUGUUUAUUCUCAGGAUCUUUUUGUAACAGGGCUACAUUCUGCAAACUGCUCACAAAGGAAGAUUAUGCGUCUUAACAAAUUACUUAGCCACUGAAUCCUCCCAAUUUGGGCCUGUUUUAUUAAUGUCAGAAGAAUCCCCGAGUAGAUUUGGGGGCCCUAGAUCCCUAGGGUACUAAUGCUAUGGAGCCUUCUGCUCACCCCUGCCCCUUCCCUUGCCCCUCCCCUCUCCUGCACACCCCAGCAAGUAGUUGUCUUUUCUCCUUGGGCCUUGUGACCUCCAGGGGAUGAGUAACUUCAUUUAUUGAGUAUGGGGGUCACUGGGCUCUUGGGUGGGGGGACGGCUUUAUAUACCUCUUCCUCAGUAAUUAAAAUGCAAGUUUUGGUGGUGGGAGUUAAGGCCCAUAACAAAGGAUCUUAAACCAUGCAGUGUACGCAAUUUAAAUUGUAUUCUACAGAUAUAAAUAUUUUCUUUUCCUAUUGCCAUGACACUAUGUGUGAUGGUAAUAUUUCUGAGGAUUUCAGAUUUUUGCACAUAUAAUUUUAUGCAUUAUCAAAAGUUACUGCUGCCUUGAAUGAAAAUGUUCUGUGAAAUUUUUUGCAAAAAGCUUUACUAGGUUUUUUUUUAAUUGUGAAAUUUUGUAAAGGCAGGAAAUGAUUAAAAUGAGCAUGCUAAAUAUAUUUUUCAAAAAAGCAAUAAUUUUACAUGUACAGAAAUUAUCCUAACCUUUAAUACUGGUGAGAGCGACAGUUUACUUUAAUACAGUAAUGGAUUAGUGCAGUUUUUGUAGAAAAUGGGCUUCUGAUACAAAGACUUGUUUAAAUACACACAAACACACACCUGAAGUGUGGUUUUCCUGUUCUAAUGAUUUGUUGGAUUAUUAUUAUAUUAUUAUUAUUAUUAUUAUUAUUUUAUUGUUAUUGUUAGUUAAUGUUUGAUUCUGAAUUCUACUUGUUACUGAGUUUAAAUUACUUGACAGUUCAGGUGACUGCGACAUUUGCAAACAAUGCAAUGUAACUGGCUAAUAUAUAUAUAUAUAUAUAUAUAUAUAUAAUUUUUGUACCUAUUUUUCCUGAUAUUCUUACAUCAGAUAUGUAUGAGAAUGAUCUGUUGUAUUAGUGUGCUUGAGAAUGUCUGCACAUAUACUGUUAAGCAACUGUCAUGGAUUGUUCUGUGAGGUUAUUUGGGCAAAGUUAGAGAGACACAUUCCUCUGUCCACCUAAGAAAUCAGAACACCCUUCUAUUGAUUUAUGUUUGAUCAUUUUGAUAUUUUCCCCAAGGUGAUCAUUUCUACAUUUUCUGGCUUUUGUUUCCUUGUCUGAAAGUAAUCAGUGACAGGAAUGUGCAGGGACUAGUGAUUCAGUCCUAUUUUGUUUCUCUGUGUUUUAGUUAUUAAAAGAAAUUCUGUUCCCAAAGUGACACAAAGGUGUCGUCUACAUUUUUACUGUUUCAGAAGCAGCACGGAAAAGUGCAAUUGGCAUUUAGAGCAGGAAGUGUCUCUCUUCCCACAAAUCUCCUUCCUAGUCGGCCUGGUGGGAGAGGCGCGCACUGGGCUGCAGCCAGGGUGCCUGGCUUGGCUUCCAGGAGAGGAGCUGUGAGGGCUGCCGGCUGGCUUCCGUGGUGGGGUGCCUCCCGACGACAGCAGCAGCGGUGCAAACAACCAGGUUUGCAGAGUCCACAGCAUGGGGACCUGAGAUUGCUACUUGGAGCCCAGCCCUGAGCUGGGCUGAAUGAGUGGUUCCUUUCCUCCACUGAGCAUCAGUAUUGUAUUGGUUUGUUAAUUUGUUUGUGUCAGUUCAACCAUAGUAUUUAAUAUGUUUUGUGUUUUCUUAUUUAUUUAGCCAACAUGUUUUGAUUUCGCUUUUUUUUUCAAAUGACAAUUUCUGCAUGAUACACUUCUGUAAGUCGCCUUCUGACUGUUACAGACUUUCUACUACCUCUACCAACCUGCUGUCUCCUUGUUUCCUAACAGGAUUUUACAGUGUUGUGUCUAAUGUAACUUAGACAAUAAAGGGUUUGGUUAUCUACACCGCAGUGCUCCUUGUGUCUCCCCUGCCCUGGCCUGCACUCUCGCUGCAUCCUGCCUUGGCUCCCGCCUGGUCUAGCUUGGCCCUUCCCUCUUCCUGUCACCCUGUCUUCUUCCCCACUUGCAUCUCUUCUCGUUUGUGAAUUCACAUAACACACAAAUGACGAGCUUCUUAAAAUCUUUCAGGUUAUUUACUUGUAGUCCUUCAUUCGAAGAACGAACAUUUAAAUUUCCCCAAAAAGCAAAUGUUCAUUGUCCUUUCUGGGAAGUCACCGCUGCAGCUGUCCACGUUGCUGCCUGGCUCCCAGAGUUCUUAGUGCAUCUGUGUUAGUACAGUGCAAAUUUCAAGCCAUGUGAUUUUUGCCUUUUUGGAUCUGAAAAUAUCAAAUGUUUUAAGACGUUUCCCUAAUAUUUAUUUAUCUUUUCAAUCAAGAAAGACACUGGCUUUCUGAAACGAAGGAAGUUCAACUGGGCGCUCCUUGCAUUUGUUCUAAAGGAUACAAGAAUGUGGGCUUUGUGAUAGGCUGUCAGGAUGCAUCUGACUUGGCGCUGUGCAGCAUGGCUAGGAACGGCUCCAGCGUCUUUGUGAAGCCCAGCACAUGUAGGGCUCACAGUGCUACGCCCUCUUAGGAUGCAGAGCUGAGUGUCUCAGAGGGACAAAUUCCACCUCUCUGGGUGGUGGCCCUGGAUGCUGCGCAUUCUUUCAGCCAGGAGAGAGCGGUGGGGGUGCCUUCCACGUCAUGUUGCAUGGAAGACAGCACCUCCUGGACUCCCAUGGCUAGAUGCUAUCUCCCAGCAUUCUUUAGAACAAGACCCCUGUCCCCCUACCAUGUCACAAGGUUCAAACCCUGUUGUAGACAGAGGAAGUCCUGUGUUUAUAAACUCCACUCUCACAGCAUCUAAAGUAACAUUUGUGUUUUACUGCUUUUAAUUUUGGUGACUUCUAACUGUAGAACAUUAUUCAUUGAGCAAACAGCAACAGCAGAGAUCACAGGUGAGGACUUCCAGCGAUGACCAGGUCCUUGGUCUUUGCCGCAGUUUGGCAAGUGCUAGAGCCCUACCUAGGAUGUACUUGGGUGGAGGGACCUCUGGUCUCCCUGCAAGGGAAAUGUCCAUUCUUUAUCAACUUUGCUAAUAUAUUCUUUAAGACCGUAAAAUGCAAAAUACCAUAGAAUUUGUAUUUCUUUUUAUAAAAAUACAAUUUAUAACAUUUUGUACUCUUUAUAUUAGAAUUUGUAAUAGAUCGAUGUAUUUAACUCUAUUUCUGAAAAUAAUUCAAUGUUUCAGUUGUGUGAUAAAAUAUUUAGAUAAAACAUUCAUUCUAUUGGAUUUUGAAAUAAAUAAAAACAUCUUGGA